UAAAAGCAGCAGUACGUUUCAUAAAUUGUCUACCGGAGGACAGCCUAGGUGGAAGGUAUCAUGUCUGCACUUUUCAAAGCAAGAAAAGCUCUGGGCUUGUGUCUCAGCGGCUGUCGAAGUUUUUCCCAGCUGGCGGAGUUACCAGAGACCCAUCAGAUACUGAGGCAGACCUGCAGAGACUACGCAGACAGAGAGCUGAUCCCCAUCGCUGCAAAGCUCGACAAGGAGCACGCAUACCCAGCCAAACAGAUCCAUGAGUUGGGGGCGAUGGGGGUGAUGGCCAUGGAGGUCCCAGAGGAGCUGGGUGGAGCAGGGAUGGACUACCUGGCCUACAGCGUGGCUGUGGAGGAGAUCAGCAGAGGCUGCGCCAGCACCGGUGUGGUGGUCUCUGUGAACAAUUCUCUCUACAUCGGACCCAUACUGAAGUUUGGCUCAGAAGAACAGAAAAAACAGUGGAUUCCCCCGUUUACCACCGGAGAGAUGGUGGGCUGCUUCGCCCUUAGUGAGCCAGGUAAUGGCAGCGAUGCGGGUGCAGCCUCCACCAUGGCUCGUCAGGAGGGGGACCACUGGGUGCUGAAUGGAACCAAAGCCUGGAUCACCAACAGCUGGGACGCCUCGGCCACCGUCGUCUUCGCCACCACAGACAAGAAGCUCAAGCACAAGGGUAUCAGCGCCUUCCUGGUCCCUAUGCCACACCCGGGACUUUCUCUGGGCAAAAAGGAGGACAAGUUGGGCAUCAGAGCCUCGUCCACUUCUAACAUCAUCCUUGAGGACUGCAGGAUACCGCUGGACAACAUGCUGGGGCCCCGCGGUGCAGGAUUCAAAAUCGCGAUGCAAACCCUGGACAGCGGCCGGAUUGGCAUUGCAGCUCAGGCUCUGGGCAUCGCUCAGGCGUCUCUGGACUGCGCCGCCGACUACUCUCACAAACGUACGGCCUUUGGAGCGCCCAUCGGCAAGCUGCAGGCCAUUCAGUUCAAGCUGGCCGACAUGGCUGUGGCGAUAGAGAGCGCUCGCCUGCUCACCUGGAAGGCUUCUCUUCUUCGAGAUUCAAAGAAACCCUUCACAAAGGAAGCAGCGAUGGCUAAACUAACGGCGUCUGAAGCCGCCACUUUCUGUGCACAUCAGGCCAUCCAGAUCCUGGGAGGGAUGGGUUUCGUGACAGACAUGCCCGCUGAGAGGCACUACCGCGAUGCUCGCAUUACAGAGAUCUACGAAGGAACCAGUGAAAUCCAGAGACUGGUUAUCGCUGGCCAGAUACUGAAGGAAUACCAGUUAUAGACAUGUUUUUAUCUGCAGUACGGACAUUUAACCUCAGAUCUGUCAUCAGAUAAGGCGACUUCAUCAGACUUCAGCACAUCUACAGCCUGCAGUUUUAACCUUUUUUUUUAAUUAAUUUUGUAACAAGCCUUUAAAACCUGCAAUGGAUUGCCGACCUGUCCAGGGUGUAUCCUGCCUCUCGCCUGCUAAUUGCUGGGAUAGACUCCAGCUUCCCUGCAACCCAAACUGGACUAAGCGUUGUUGGAUAGAUGAAAGUCUUUAAAUCGAUUUGGGGUUAGAGGUGAGAAGUUCUUUUUACCCUCCACUGUCUCACAUCUUCAGGAAAUUCAGGAAAGGGUUUAAACUCACUGUAAACUACAAAAACUGAAGUCUGAAAAAGUGCAACUUGCAGGGUAAUAAAAAUAUGUCUAAAGAAAACCUUCGAGAGGUGUGGAGAACUACUACCACUGUAAAAUAUUACAACAUUUUUUCACUGCCGAGCGAGAAAUAAAAAGAAAUGAGGGCUGAAUGAGACUAGCUGGUGUAAAUCAACCUGAGAUCAGGCUGAUAAAUGUACACAGACACAUGCAAAUGCAUUUAUAUAUUCAGUGAAAAUGAUUGAAAAACAAGUGAUUUGAAUAAGAUCGGCCUGUAGAUCCCCUGCUGGCCAGAAGUCAUCCUGCACACUUCAAUAGUUGAUUUUUCUUACAGCUUAAAUCAUCAUGUGCCAACACCGCUCAGCUUCAGUAAGAAAUUAUAAGAUUUAAGUUUUUUUUAGUAAAAGAAUUUCCCUGUUUAAGUGUUAUUCAUUGGUUUGGUUAAACUAUUUGUGCUCUACAGCCUCAGUCUCCAUUUUCUGUUUGUGCCUGUCAUUAGGAGGAUCAACCACCAGAGGGCGACAUAGUGCCUUCAUGUUGACCCAGUUUUGUCUCCUUACAUACUGUCUGGUGGUGUAUUCACUGCACCGUGGCAACACUCAGGCUCAUCACAGUGACCGCAGAUUAAGCAGAUUAUUUGCUAAGAUGAAGAUUAUUCUGGGUUCUGUACAUUUUUUUGUAGAAUUUUAGAGGCUAUGUGAUGAAAAACAAUGUGUCUGCUUCACACACCUCUUGUGCCUCAAUAUCUUGUACAUAUUUAAUGUAAUUUAUUGUGUGCAAAUGAUAAUAAAAACGUGAUUGCAACACUA